AUGAUUCUUGCUGCUAUAGGUCUCGCUACCUCUACUUCGGCAGCCCCUUUGGAAAAGCGUGCUCCUAGCGGUAUUCCUGGUUUUGACGUUAGUCAUUAUCAAGGUGCUGUUGAUAUGAAAGCACAAGCAAGCAAAGGUGCAAAAUUUGUAAUUAUUAAAGCAACCGAAGGUACAUCUUAUAAAGAUUCAAGCUUUAGUGCAAAUUACGAUGGUGCAACAAGUGCAGGUUUGAUCAGAGGUGGAUAUCAUUUUGCCCACCCUGAUUCUUCUUCAGGUGCAAGUCAAGCAAACUUUUUCUUAAAGAACGGUGGAGGUUGGAGUAAUGACGGUCGUACAUUACCCGGAAUGCUCGAUAUCGAAUAUAACCCAAACGGCAGCACUUGCUAUGGCUUAAGUGCUUCUGCAAUGGUCAAUUGGAUUUCUGACUUUGUAAACACUUAUCAUGGUGCAACUGGUCGUUGGCCAUUGAUUUACACAACGAAUGACUGGUGGAACACAUGCACUGGAAACAGUGCAGCUUUCAGUCAAAAGUCACCUCUCGUCUUGGCACGAUACGGCAGCUCUUCGGUUGGAACUGUGCCGGGAAACUGGGGAUACGAGACCUUCUGGCAAUGGGCAGAUUCCGGAAACUUCCCCGGUGAUCAAGAUGUUUUCAACGGAAGCGAAGCUGGCUUGAAAAAGAUUGCUUCCGGUUAA